AUGUCGUCCGAUUUAAUGUUAGACUUCGAGAAUCAAGAACAACAACUGAUGAACAGUGAAACUGACACCAUGUCCAUCGACCAGGAUGGCGAGUGGGGUAAGCAAGCGUCACUUACUGAAGGCUAACGUUAGCUAGCUACUGUAGCGUUAAAGAGAGCCACUUUUGUCUAAUAUUGGUUACUCCUCGGAAAUGUGUUCCACAAAUGUCAACAUGUUGGUUAUGUUUACCAUAGUUAUACUCGAUCGAAUGAAUGUGUUCUUCAUUUGCCAGCUUGUUGCUAACAUGGUAGCUAGUUAGUUAUUUAGCAAGCUGGCUAGCUAAUUUACUGCCUCAAGUCAGUGACCCCAGGAUGCCUAAAAAGAGAAGACGUUUUACAAUCUGAAUUCUUUACAAUCUGAAUUCUUUGUAACUAUUCUCUCUGCCCUGUACGAAUAUAUUUCGUUUAUGACUUCGCUAGAAGAGAUACAAAGAAUUCAGAUUGUAAAACGUCUCCUCUUUUUACUCAUAGAUAUGGCUAGCCUUAGCCCAAUGUGUACUCUUAAGGAGCCUACCUACUGUUACACCUUAAGCACAGAUAAAACAAUGAGACAGAUAUUUGACCGGAUGUAUAAAUGUGAAGCAUCCGGUUGGCGUUUCCAUUCACUACCAAAUAUGGUGUUGAGAGGAAGCCCAGUGGCCGGCAGCGGGAGAAGAUGGAGCGAGAUGGAUUUUGCCCGACAUUCUGCUAAUUUACUCAUUGAUGAAACAUUUGAUCGCAAUACAGUUUUGUGUUUCUAAAACUAAAAUCUGUUACGAACAGAGUGGACUAAUUUUUGUAGACUUUACCUUUGCCAAAGUUUGCAAAAAAAUUUGGUUGUUUAGAAAGAGCGAAUGGAGUUAUUGCACACGCACACUUCACAGACCUUUGCCUAACGGAAAUAUGCAAAUACAUGCUAGAACGCGCCAAUAGGCUCUUGCUAGCUCGUGCUUGUCUCUGCUCACAAGGUGUAAUUUUCUCACAGUGGAAACGACAGGCUGUGGUCUAUCUUGGGUUAGUUAGAAAAAAUCUUCGCCUUAAGGUUCAAGAACCUUGUGUUAUUUUCAGAGGUGGACUGGCUCUGGCAGCCAGAACAGCCAAAUACUCAAUCGAAACGUGAAUCGAUUCUCAAUUGCGAUACGGUUCUAGAAACAUAAAGCCCUUUACUUUAAUAUCACAUCGAAAUAAUUUCACUAAUGCUAAAUAUACACUUACUGCACACUGUUUUAACCAGCUUUAUCACAGUCGCAGCCGACAGUAUUCUUCAGCGAUAACACGUAGUAAAUCUGUAGUCUAUUGAUACGUUUACAUUUACAUUUACGUCAUUUAGCAGACGCUCUUAUCCAGAGCGACUUACAAAUAGGUGCAUUCACCUUAUAGCCAGUGGGAUAACCACUUUACAAAUUUUUGUAUUUUUGUCUUUUUUUUUCUCUUUGUAAUCUUUUUUUAUAUUUAAAUGUUUACUUUUUUUUCUCCCUUUUUUUUUUAAAUCUUUUUUUUCUGUUGAUAAACUGGGUAAAUGAAGAUGUAGCCUAGGCCUAUUCACAGUACAGGUGAAUGCAUAUUCAAUAGGAGUGCGUGCAUGCAUUGAGUUAUUGAGCUUGUUUUAGCUGAUUUCAUGGGGCUACAGAUUAAAAGCAAUCUGUUUCCCUUCCAUUUGGGACUUAUUUUAUUAUGCUGAUCAACAACAUUUGCAUAGAAGAAGCAAUCUCUUUUAUAAAAGUGUGCACCGUCUCUUUAAAGGGGCAAUCUGCAGUUGCUACAUCCAUUUUAGGACUUAUAAAUUAAUAAUAUGUAUCCAUUGAUUCUUAAAGAAUAUAUCUUAUAAAUGCCUCAUGAGCUUAGUUCAACUGUCACACACCAUCAGAACCCAAAAUACAAGCUUGUUUUAAUCCAACGGUGUAAACAAAGAAAAUGUAAACAAACACUAUAUAGCCUCAAAACAUGGUUAAAAAUAUUAUUUUGUAAAUCAUGGAUGGUCAGUCCUUGCAUCCAUAGCGCUGUCUAUGAAUUUGAGAUCAUCCCUCAGCUUUUCACUCUACCAGGGGCAAAGCUUUGAUAUCGUUUCAGCUUCUGAUUGCUGCUUUAAGACCCAUGACAUUUACACACAGUCAGUCCGAGGCUCGAGCAAAGAUGAUCUUGACUGGUGGAGACAAAGUGAAUGAAUGAAGUUUUUGGUGACAAUCAGCUUUGUAAUCAGCAAUACUUUGCGUUUAUUGUGUGCAUAUUAUCACAAACAAGGUACUAGGGUAGUGAAUUGGUUUUAUCUUCAGCCGUAAGCUAGCAAGGAAAGUUAGCCAACAAAGCUGGAAGCUACCGGUACCUUCUUGCAUUGGAAAGUGUUCUAGCCUUAAAUGGACAUUGUUUUGCAAACAUUAAUUAACAGUUUCAACAUUUCUACAUGCCGUUUUGUAUUAUUCAAGUGUGUUAACGUCUGUGUAACAUAAGUGGUGAUGCAGUCUAGACUCAGUGAGUGCAGUGAUUCCUCAGGACAGGCUACAGCAGGGUUCCCAAUGAGUGCAGUGAUUCCUCAGGACAGGCUACAGCAGGGUUCUCAUGUUGCUCCGGGGGUCGCAUUCUGUCUUCAACCAGGUCCGAAGGGCCACACUGAAAAUGGGUUAUAUUUCCUCAUGGUCAAAAUUAGCAAAGAAAUAGUCUUCUAUCCAUCAUUUUUGGAUUUUUUUUGAUGCUCUGUGACUGUCUAGCUUUCAUUUUGGUGAUUUUUAGCGAACUGGAAAGAAAAUGUGCUAUGAAUGUUGGUCAUUAUCAUUUCUACCAAGUUUUGAUUUAGUUUGAGUGAUUUUAAAGCUCAUUCCAAUUAUUACAAACAGGAAAACGUAAAUGGAAUGUUUCCUAAUUUGAUUAAACAAGUGGGCCAUCAGUUAUGCAUUAACAAUGUGUAAAUAAUAGGUGAAUAGCCAUAUCUAUGACUAAGAGAAGACGUUUACAAUCUGAAUUCUUCUUUGUAGCCCCAUAUGGCUAAACUGUGAUUAGCUAUCUGACCUGACGUUGUGGAUAACUAUCUGAAUCAUGUCAAGACAUCUGUUAAACUAGCCUUUGAUGAAAACGGUAGUUAGUCUUUGGCGAAGGCAACUAAGUAUUGUUUUCAAUACCACGGGGGGCCAGUAUGAAAAAAUAAAAUAAAAAAUGUAUGCACUGGAUAAGAGCGUCUGCUAAAUGACAAAAAUGUAAAAAUGUAAGGCUACUGUUGAAUCAGACGUGUGUGUCUGUCUCGCUCAUGCAGACAUCAGCCUGUUUGACGAACUGGACAACCUUGGAGAUGCAGACGAACUUCUUCAGGCCUUGGAGUGCGUCGGAUAUGUAAGUACAGGACAACACAUGUACCCUCCAGGCAACACUGUCCCUUAAAUUGGAACUGACAGCGUUUUAACUACUUUGCAGCUAUGAAAUAAACAGACAAUCGUGAUAUCAUAAAAAAAUAUCAAAUUCCCAGUUUAUGCUACAAAACCAAUAGGUUCUAUUUGACUAUAACUUCCAUGACGUACAGUAAGACAUUGUUGGCAGAAUAGAUGGAUGCAGUUCAAUGCAUGACUAAUAUAAUUCACCAAUAAAUGUCUUGGAAGUCCAACAAAUAUUGCUAUCAGGUUUUAAAUCAAAGCUGGCCUGUUACAUUGUUUGCUUCCUCCAGACAUUCGGAAUGCACUGUUUCAGUUUCAAUUACUCAAUAUUUUGGGCAAAAAACAGACGAAUGUAACUAAGGCUGGGAAUGCCAAUACAAUCAAACUAGCAAUGGCAAUGAUCACAGGUCAGUCUUAACAUGGCUAAUAGGCUAGCUUACACUACCAGUCAAAAGUUUGGACACUUACUCAUUCAAGGGUUUUUCUUUUUUUUUAAACAAUUUUUUACAUUGUAGAAUAAUAGUGAAGACAUCAAAACUAUGAAAUAACACAUCAUGUAGGAAUCAUGUAGUAACCAAAAAAGUGUUAAACAAAUAAAAAUAUAUUUGAGAUUUGAGAUUCUUCAAAUAGCCACCCUUUGCCUUGAUGACAGCUUUGCACACUCUUGGCAUUCUCUCAACCAGCUUCACCUGGAAUGCUUUUCCAACAGUCUUGAAGGAGUUCCCACAUAUGCUGAGCACUUGUUGGCUGCUUUUUCUUCACUCUGCCGUCCGACUCAUCCCAAACCAUCUCAAUUGGAUUGAGUUCGGGGGCUUGUGGAGGCCAGGUCAUCUGAUGCAGCACUCCAUCACUCUCCUUCUUGGUAAAAUACCCCUUACACAGCCUGGAGGUGUGUUGGGUCAUUGUCCUGUUGAAAAACAAAUUAUAGUCCCACUAAGCCCAAACCAGCUUCACGGUGGGAAAUACACAUGCGGAGAUCAUCCGUUCACGCACACCGCGUCUCACAAAAACACGGCGGUUGGAACCAAAAAUCUCAAAUUUGGACUCAUCAGACCAAAGGACACAUUUCCACCGGUCUAAUGUCCAUUGCUCAUGUUUCUUGACUCAAGCAGGUCUCUUCUUAUUAUUGGUGUCCUUUAGUAGUGGUUUCUUGCAGCAAUUCGACCAUGAAGGCCUGAUUCACACAGUCCCCUCUGAACAGUUGAUGUUGAGAUGUGUCUGUGACUUGAACUCUGUGAAGCAUUUAUUUGGGCUGCAAUUUCUGAGGCUGGUAACUCUACUGAACUUAUCCUUUGCAGCAGAGGUAACUCUGGUUCUUCCAUUCCUGUGGCGGUCCUCAUGAGAGCCAGUUUCAUCAUAGCGCUUGAUGGUUUUAGCGACUGCACUUGAAGAAACUUUCAAAGUUCUUGAAAUGUUCCGUAUUGACUGACCUUUGUCUUAAAGUAAUGAUGGACUGUUGUUUCUCUUUGCUUAUUUGAGCUGUUCUUGCCAUAAUAUGGACCAUCUUCUGUAUACCCCCCCUACCUUGUCACAACACAACUGAUUGGCUCAAACGCAUUAAGAAUGAAAUAAAUUCCACAAAUUACCUUUUAAGAAGGCACACCUGUUAAUUGAAAUGCAUUCCAGGUGACUACCUCAUGAAGCUGGUUGAGAGAAUGUCAAGAGUGUGCAAAGCUGUAAUCAAGGCAAAGGGUGGCUUUUUAAAGAAUCUCAAAAAUAAAUAUAUGUUUUGGUUACUACAUGAUUCCAUAUGUGUUAGUUCAUAGUUUUGAUGUCUUCACUAUUAUUCUACCAUGUAAAAAAUAAAGAAAAACCCUUGAAUGAGUAGGUGUGUCCAAACUUUUGACUGGUAGUGUAUCUAUUUAGUUAGCUAUUUAAUUUAGCAAGCUAAAAAAAAAUGGAGUGUACUGUUAGUUAGUUAGCUAGCUAGCUGCUGGGAGGAUGUUGUCAUUGGACGAGUGGGUGAGUGGCCAACCUUUUCUCCCCCAUAUCGUUAGAGAUGCAGGUAUAUUGAGUUAAUUCAAUUCAUUUGAAUGUAUGUUUUUUCCGCGAUAUUCCAAAUGCCUGUAUCGCAACAAUCAAAGUUUUGUUAAUUUUAGUUUUUAUGAGCGUUUAUUUCCGCUUGUUCUCAUGUUGCAUUUUUGGUCUCGUCUCCUUCGCUCCUCUGUGCUGUUUGCACCUUCCCAUUUACACCAGAGAUAAUGUAUAUAAUGACGAGAUGCAUGUCUCUGCCCUAACAAUGGGAGUCGUUGUCCCAAAGGCGGGAAGGCAAGCUUAGGUCCAAAAUAAGCCCAUAGAAACGCAGUCGCCUUAUUUUGGACAUAUUUUAACGAGAGUGAAACCUCCCGCUUCGCUUCUUCCUCUAUGGUUUACACCAGGGUUCUUCAAUUCCGGUCCUGGAGGUUCCGAAACACCUCUGUUUUUCAUCCUCUCCUUCUAAUCAGGGGCUAAUUCAGACCUGGUACACCAGGUAAGUGCAAUUAACUACCAGGUAGAAAUAAAAAAACAGAAGUGUUUCGGCCCUCCAGGACCGGAAUUGAAGAACCCUGGUUUACACACACACACCAAGCCCCUCCCCCUGCCUCUCACGCCAACAAAGUUGAAAGAUCACAUCUUCCUCUCUGACAAGCGGUUUCAACAGCUAUUUUUUAUAUUUUUGGGGUCCAACAGAAUCGAUCAUAUGGACACUAAAACACAUUGAACCAUUAUUUUACUGUAAUAGAGGAGAUGUUUACUUUUCUAACAAUACCCAUUUUAUGUCUCAACUACUCAAAUUGCGUGCAGAGCAGACACUGAUUAAACGAGAGUAUCAAUGAGCAUUGAUUCUGGAAAAUGAAUGCUUAGUUUGUCGCGUGCGGCUUUGGGGUACCGCUAGCAGUAUUUUAUAUACUAGCUGUCUAGUCUGUGUUUUAUAAAGGUGGCUUAUGGUAGAGAAAUGAGCAUUCAAUUCUCUGGCAACAGCUCUGGUGGACAUUCCUGCAGUCAACAUGCCAAUUGCACGCUCCCUCAAAAUUUGAGACAUCUGUGGCAUUGUGUUCUGUGACAAAACUGCACAUUUUAGAGUGGCCUUUUAUUGUCCCCAGCACAAGGUGCACCUGUGUAAUGAUCAUGCUGUUUAAUCAGCUACUUGAUAUGCCACACCUGUCAGGUGGAUGGAUCAUCUUGGCAAAGGAGAAAUGCUCACUAAAAGGGAUGUAAACAAAUUUGUGCACAACAUUUCAGGGAUAUUUUGUUUCAGCUCAUGAAACAUGGGACCAAAACUUUACAUGUUGUGUUUUAUAUUUUUGUUCAGUGUAUAAAGAUUAGCUGGCUAAUCACUAGCACGUGGGCUUGAGAGGUUGUUGAUGAGACCUGUUGAGACCUGUGUUAAUUUCCUAUAGCCUAAUGCCUGCUACAAGAAGUUAGUCAUUAUUAGUGAAUGUGCAUUAUGCAUUUUUCUAGUUAAAUUUGUAACAAAAAAAUUGCAUUUUCAUAGACAGACUUGAAAGCCAGAUCUGUGAUUAUUGCAACAACAACAAAAGAGGUUAAACUAUUUUGAUAAAAUCAUUAAAUUAUGAGUGGGUCUUAUGGCUGUGGAAGGCUUAUAUCUAGCCUAGGUAUAAUUUCACAAGCCCUGAAUUCAUUAGAUUAUUGCUGACUGUUUGAAAUGCAGUGUAUUUUACCUUUAAUUGUACAACAACGCUUAUUUAGAGAAAACAUAUAAAAAAUUGAUAUAUAUAUAUAUAUAUAUAUAUAUAUAUAUAUAUAUAUAUAUAUAUAUAUAUACAUAUCGUGAAUCGCCCAUAGGUUUGAAAAAAUCGAGAUAUUGCUAUUUAAUUUUCACUAAUGCCUUACUGUACGUAAUAACCAAACAUUCUAUGUAUGAAAACCUGAAAAUGACCAUAUUUAAAUGCUCGCUUGUCAGAAAAUGUACAAAGAAAAAAAAAAGCAUCAUAUUCUUCCUUUGGUUGUACAGUACCAGUCAAAAGUUUGGACACACCUACUCAUUCAAGGGUUUUUCUUCAAGUGCAAUCGCAAAAACCAUCAAGCGCUAUGAUAAUACUGGCUCUCAUUAGGACCGCCACAGGAAAGGAAGACCCAGAGUUACGUCUGCUGCAGAGGAUAAGUUCAUUAGUUACCAGCCUCAGAAAUUGCAGCCCAAAUAAGUGCUUCACAGAGUUCAAGUAACAGACACAUCUCAACAUCAACUGUUCAGAGGAGACUGCGUGAAUCAGGCCUUCAUGGUCGAAUUGCUGCAAAGAAACCACUACUAAAGGACACCAAUAAUAAGAAGAGACAUGCUUGGGCCAAGAAACACGAGCAAUGGACAUAAGACCUUUGGUCUGGAGACCAAAUUGGAGAUUUUUGGUUCCAACCGAUGUGUCUUUGUGAGACGCAGUGUAGGUGAACGGAUGAUCUCCGCAUGUGUAUUUCCCACCGUGAAGCAUGGAGGAAGAGGUGUUAUGGUGUGGGGGUGCUUUGCUGGUGACACUGUCUGGGAUUUAUUUAGAAUUCAAAGCACACUUAACCAGCCCGGCUACCACAGCAUUCUGCAGCGAUACGCCAACCCAUCUGGUUUGGGCUUAGUGGGACAAUCAUUUGUUUUUCAACAGGACAAUGACCGAAGACUCCUCCAGGCUGUGUAAGGGCUAUUUGACAAAGAAGGAGAGUGAUGGAGUGCUGCAUCAGAUGACCUGGCCUCCACAAUCCCCCGUCCUCAACCCAAUUGAGAUGAGUUGGACCGCAGAGUGAAGGAAAAGCAGCCAACAAGUGCUCAGCAUAUGUGGGAACUCCUUCAAGACUGUUGGAAAAGCAUUCCAGGUGAAGCUGGUUGAGAGAAUGCCAAGAGUGUGCAAAGCUGUCAUCAAGGCAAAGCGUGGCUACUUUGAAGAAUCUCAAAUAUAAAAUAUAUUUUGAUUUGUUUAACACUUUUUUGGUUACUACAUGAUUCCAUAUGUGUUAUUUCAUAGUUUUGAUGUCUUCACUAUUAUUCUACAAUGUAGAAAAUAGUAAAAAAAAUAAAGAAAAACGUUUGACUGGUACUGUAUAUGAACAGAUUUUAAUAAGAUUCCAUGUUGCUAAAACACUGUCAGUUCCACUUUAGAAAAUCUCAACAGACCAGUUUCACAGUGAACCGUCAUAAUGUGAAGUACAGUGAUUGGAAGUGAUUACGUGUCUGCUCUGUUUCCCUCGAAGGCCGGCGACGCCCCUGACCUCGACUUUGACAUCGACCUGCCUCCCUGGAGCACCGAUACAGGCAGCACUUACACAGGUAUUUCCUAAUACCUGUCUGAUCAUGUCUAUGGUAUAAUGUGAUAUUGUAUUGGCCCAAAAAAAUUGUUUUUAAACAUGUUGUCAGUACCAGUAUUUCUCUCAUGGAAAUGUGAGCGUCUUGACAAGAGCUCUGUGUCCUUGUGUCUGCAGAUGGCGACCUGAGUGUGGACUCUCUCUCUCCUGCCCAUACCAUGAGCUCUGUCCCCUCCCCUGCAUCCCGAGAGGCCCUGUCACCUUACUCCGUACAAGUGAGUCACCUGUCUCUCUCUUCAGUGUGUUUCACUGUAGGUCAUUUUUUUUGCGUUUAUGUGUUUGAUGUGCCUAUUUUGUAUGGCUGUGGGUAUUUCCCCAGUGUGCGUCUAGGACCAUCUGUGUUAGUCCCCAUGUGGUGCCAUCACACACGUUGCUGCCUCUGCCAUCUGCUCUCACAAUCCACACACACACACACACACACACACGCACCACACACACACACACACUUGAGCACCUCAUUAAGGAAUGUCUGAAGCACCUUGUCAGACUAAUUAUCCACCGUCUGCCAGAGGUGUGGCCCCGCCCCCUCGUUAAAAUGAGGUGAUGACAACUCUGGCCAAAUUAACAUAAUGUAGCAGGCAGUUGUUUUCACAGCGUGUCAAAAAGAGGACCUUAGAUCUUCUCACCCUACACUGCACAUGUUUAUUUAUCCUGCCUUAAUGAUCAAGGACAUUUGUGCCUGCAUCUCAAAAGAUAUUUGGAUGUUACCGAGGCAUCAGUCUUCAAGAGCUUUGUAAUUCCUUUUAGCAAGAUAUUCGGCAGAGGAUGGGCGUCUUCCUUGGCCAUACAUCUAUACAUCGGCAUUAUAAAACGAAAAUAUUUUUGAAUUUUUGCAGUGGGGGGCCACAAUUUAGCAGUGGUGGUGCGCCGCUGCUAAAUGCAUAUGGGGGAAACGCUGGACCUUUCGGAGGUAUUGUAAAACCUCAUACUGUAGUCAAGCAUAAUGACCCCCGUCUCUCUGCUGCCCUCUACAGGAUGAUCUAGCCCUAUCUCCUCAGCCCCAGCCCUCUCCUGCCGUCUCUGUCUGCUCCGAGUCCAGCGGCUUCUCAGAGCCCCCCAUGCCCCUGGCAAAGAGGGCCCCCAAGAGGACCAGCCAGGCCACGCGAGGUGAUGACUCAAACCAAACAUUAGUACAACCAAACAACAGAGAUGUUUAUUGGUUCAAAUACAUUCGCUUUCAAUGGACCAAAUACUUUGUCUCUCCAAUUGUUAUGAUACAUACAACGCAAAGUGCCUUGAGCAUCUCUAUCCAAUUGUUAUGAAACAUACAACGCAAAGUGCCUUGAGCAUCUGGAAAAAAAGCGCCAUAAAAAUCGAAACAGUUAUCAAUUAUGAUCCGUCUCCCACUCUCACAGUCAAGCCAGCCCAGCCAGUGAAGAGGCCUAUCCAGCCCACCCCCAAGGUGUCCAUCCAGCCCAGACCAGUUCUAACAGCCGUGCCACACCACGCUGCGGGCCCUCUCCAGACCAAGACCAUCAUCAUCCAGCCCCUGCAGACCACCCUGCUGCCUCACCCUGCUGCGGUCAAACCUGCCCCUGUCAGUAUACAGCCAGCGCCACCUAUAGGUGAGUCUAAAACUGCACUCACUACACUAUAAUACACAUUAUAUACUGGGUGGUUGGAGCCCUGAAUGCUGAAAGCCGUGUUAUAUGAGACAGUAUACCACAUGUAUGACAAAACAUUUAUUUUUACUGUUCUCAUUUAUACGUGUAACCAGUUUAUAAUAACAAUUAUAAACUGGGUGGUUCGAGCCCUGAAUGCUGAUUGGCUGACAGCCGUGGUAUACCACGGGUAUGACAAAACACUUAUUUUUAUUGUUCUAAUUACAUUGGUAAACAGUUUAUAAUAGCAAUAAGGCACCUCAGGGGUAUAAAAUAAACAUUUAAUAAAAAUAAAAAUAAAUAAAAAAGAAGUAACAAAUAAUUAAAGAGCAGCAGUAAAAUAACAGAAGCGAGGCUAUAUACAGGGGGUACCGGUACCGAGUCAAUGUGUUGGGGUACCGGGUAGUCGAGGUAAUUGAGGUGUCAUGAGGCCUCAUGAUGGAAUGUCCUUUUCAUAGGAGUCGAGGGAGACUGGCAACAAUGGAGUAGGUGUCACAAGGGCACUUGUGUUGCAUGACACACUUUUAUUCGGAGGUCUUGCCUGACAAGCAGGUGGUAAACAAGCUGUGGUAAACAAGCUGUGGUAAAUAGCAAGUGAACAGUCAAUGAAAUGAUUUUUGGAGGUGGCUAAACCAUCGCAAUCACAUUGCCGGACAUGUUAUGAUACCCACCUUUUACUACAUCUGGUAGGUCCUGGCAUCCGUUCAUGACCCGAGGAUCAGUCUGGCACUUCGUCCAACAGAAAAAACAGGGUCAACGAUUGUCAUCAUACCUCAAUUAUAAACACAGCUCGAGAAAUAAAAGUAAUCUCGUUUGGAAGCUAAAUCUAUGCUUUACAGAUGUAGACUGACGGGCUCCAGAUUGGAUUCGAUUCAGGCCGGUGACACCGUUACACUACGCAACCAACUGUGACAUGUUUUGCUAUGGCCCUGGGUUGGUUUAAGUUUGUUUCUGCUAGUUAGUACACUGUUGUAGUCAGACAAAAGUUGGCUAAUACUACCACCGCUGCAGCCAAUAUUUAUUUGUGCUCUAGAAGUGGGUUGCUCCUCGGAGGCUAAUGUGACUGUUUAGUCUAAAUUACACUCAAUUAGAAUGGAAUGGAAGUGACUGCUUUUGAUAAAAAAACACGUUAUCUGCCUUCCCAAUGAAAACUAGUUUUAAAAUUCAAACACUUAUUUUAUGGGAAAGAGAUGUUGUAUGUUUUCUGGACAAUGCAACUCGCUGCCUUGUUGACAACAUGACCGAGCGGAGCAGAUUAGCUUACUGUUUGAUUUGAGAAGGGCGAUCCUCCCUCCCUGCGUUCUCCCGAUGACGUGAUGGGCCAUUGUCCGGUUCAACCUCGGCCAGUGUAGUAGGGAAGCGAUGUGGGCGGAGGGGAGAUUUGCACGUGGCACUUGGCAAAAGGGGGCAUGAUCUGUUGACAUAAUUGUAUAUCCAAACCCAACCUUAAUUUACUCGUUGUGACGCACUGAGGUUCCAAAACUCAGUUUUAGACUAGACUGACUUUUAUCCGUCCUAAAUUAUCCUAUUUACACUCUGUAGUCAAUUAUGACUCUAUAAUAAAUGUUUCUGACUCAUAUUGAUGCCACGUUGGUUGGUUUUUAGGGGCAAUCGAUCUUUAAAGCAUUAGGGAGGUUUUUGGGUGAGCGUUUGGGAGGGUGUUGUGUGUGUGUUGGCCAGCAGGUGUCACCCUAUCUCUACUUUCGUUGCCCCUACAUUUAGGAUCUGGGUUUAAUCAUGUGUGAGUCAGUGUUUUAGUAGUGUUUCCUUUCCUCGGCCCACCAGCCUGUGUUUCAUUCAGACUGUUACCAAUCUGUUCCUCUACCUGAUCCUCUACCUCAGCUGAGUCUGGGCCAAUACAAACAGUUAUGUCACAGUCCGCCCGGGACUAAACCAACACUGUGGAAUAUCUGACCUCUGUAGACUUGAAUGUGAAUUUGAACCACAAUCAAAACCUGUUUUUAGUUUGGCAUUUGAAUAGAACUCUCUCUCUAGAUCAGGGCUCUCCAACCCUGUUCCUGUAGAGCUACCAUCCUAUAGGUUUUCACUACAACCCUAAUCUAGCGCACCUGAUUCUAGACAAUUAGCUGGUUGAUAAACUGAGUCAGGCUAGUUACAACUGGGGUUGGAGAGCCCUGAUCUGCCCAUCUUAAUAUUUUCUUUUUAUUGGCCAGUCUGAGAUAUGGCUUUUUCUUUGCAACUCUGCCUAGAAGGUCAGCAUCCCGGAGUCGCCUCUUCACUGUUGACGUUGAGACUGGUGUUUUGCGGGUACUAUUUAAUGAAGCUGCCAGUUGAGGACCUGUGAGGCAUCUGUUUCUCAAACUAGACACUCUAAUGUAUUUGUCCUCUUGCUCAGUUGUGCACCGGGGCCUCCCACUCCUCUUUCUAUUCUGGUUAGAGCCAGUUUGCGCUGUUCUGUGAAGGGAGUAGUACACAGCGUUGUACAAGAUCUUCAGUUUCUUGGCAAUUUCUCGCAUGGAAUAGCCUUCAUUUCUCAGAACAAGAAUAGACUGACGAGUUUCAGAAGAAAGUUAUUUGUUUUUGAGCCUGUAAUCGAACCCACAAUUGCUGAUGCUCAAACUCAACUAGUCUCAAGAAGGCCAGUUUUAUUGCUUCUUUAAUCAGCACAACAGUUUUCAGCUGUGCUAACGUAAUUGCAAAAGGGUUUUCUAAUGAUCAAUUAGCCUUUUAAAAUGAUAAACUUGGAUUAGCAAACACAACGUGCCAUUGGAACACAGGACUGAUGGUUGCUGAUAAUGGGCCUCUGUAAGCCUAUGUAGAUAUUCCAUAAAAAAUCUGCCGUUUCCAGCUACAAUAGCCAUUUACAACAUUAACAAUGUCUAUACUGUAUUUCUGAUCAAUUUGAUGUUAUUUUAACGUUUGAAUGGUAGUGUAGGUCUUAACGACCUUCGCUUUAGGCGAUCUGAGGGAGCUCUACAAAACAUUUUUUUUAAACACAGAAGGGGUUCAGAAUGUUUCAGCCGACUCGUUGCCCUAAACGAGUACCUGAAGAAACUUUGCAACGACAGGAAUGUCUCCUUUUGAUUGGCUGUGGGAGCAACCAGCACUUUUUAAAAAGAGACAGGAUUCACCCUAACCGCAGGGGUUCCAGGAUUGUUUCCAGCAACAUCACAAACUGUUUUAGAGACUGACGGACAGGUUCUGGUAGCGCUCCAGUUCUCCCUGUCAGAAUAAGCAACAGAGGACAUGGAAACCAUAUCAACUCCCGUAGAAAUGGCACCAUGGUCAUUGUGAGUAACCUAAUUUAUGUUCCUCUAACUCCGUCUUCUAGUGAGUUUAUACAAACUGUCAUAUCCUACCAUUCUGAUAGAUUGGAGACUGUCAGAAAACGUGGUUGUAACGUUAAUAAUUUGGUUGUUAUUCCAUUGGUUACCUCGAGGCAGAUGCCCCAGGGGCAGAGUGGCCCACACUCAUUGAAGAUGGCGCUUUUAAAUGUUAGAGCAAUCACUAGUAAAACCUUUCUUGUGAAUGACCUCAUUACUGAGCGCAAAGUUGAUUGCAUGUUUCCCACUGAAACUUGGCUGUCUUCAGACUGUAGUGACAGUCUUAUUGAAGCUUACCCCCCGGACUACAGCUUUUCAUACUCUAUCAGAAAAGAGGAAAAGGGUGGGGGGACAGCCUCUAUUUCUACUGGCUCUCAGCCGUAAGGACAUUUCAUUACGCGACUUUGGGUCUUUUCAGCAUCAUGCUAUACUGUUUAAAUGUCAGCCAACAGUGCUGGCUAUAACCCUGUAUAGGCCACCAAAGCACUGCCCCACUUUCUUUACUGAUUUAUCUGAACUAUUGUCUAUAGUCCUUGAGAACUAUGAUAAAAAUCAUUGUGUUGGGCGAUUUUAAUAUUCAUGUUGACAAAGAGACUGACUCCAAGGCCAUUGGAUUUAUUAAUCUUUUGAGCUCUAUGGACUUUAUCCAACAUGCUACUGGGCCCACCCAUAACCACGGACAUAGUAUGGACCUGGUUGUUACCAAGGGGCUUUCUGUUGACAUGUUCUCUAUUGUUGAUGUUUCUUUAUCUGAUCACCACUGUGUAUUUUUUACUACCUUGUUGCCCAUAGCAAAGGGGAAUACUGAACGCAUUAUUAAGAAACGCGAUCUUACCUCUGAAGUUGCUACAGAUUUUAUUGAGUGUAUGAACAAGACACAUCACCUAGUCUGCCUUCCUCUUGUGAUGAUUUAGUUGAUAACUUUAGCAAAUGAAGGGCAACCAUUGAUGCCAUAGCUCCAGUAAGGUUGAAAAAAGCCACGUCCAAACGGAUGAGUGAGGAAACAAAUCAAUUAGAGAAAGUCAAAGUUGCAGGUCCAUUAUGAUAUUCUGAGAGAGCAACUUGGCAUAUACAGUGCAUUCAGAAUGUAUGCAGACCCCUUCCCUUUUUCCAAAUUUUGUUAAGUUACAGCAUUAUUCUAAAAUGGAUUAAAGAAAAAAAUGUCCUCAUCAAUCUACACACAAUACCUCCAUAAUGACACAACGAAAACAGGUUUUUAGAAAUGUUUGCAAAUGUAUAAAAAUUAAAACAGAAAUACCUUAUUUACAUAAGUAUUCAGACCCUUUCCUAUGAGACUCGAAAUUGAGCUCAGGUGCAUCCUGUUUCCAUUGAUCAUCCUUGAGAGGUUUCUACGACUUGAUUGGAAUCCACCUGUGGUAAAUUCAAUUGAUUGGACAUGAUUUGGAAAGGCACACACCUCUCUAUAUAAGGUCCCACAGUUGGUAGUGCAUGUCAGAGCAAAAACCAAGCCAUGAGGUCGAAGGAAUUGUCCGUAGAGCUCCGAGACAGGAUUGUGUCGAGGCACAGAUCUGGGGAAGGCUACCAAAACAUUUCUGCAGCGUUGAAGGUCCCCAAGAACACAGUGUCCUCCAUCAUGCUUAAAUGGAAGAAGUUUAGAACCACCAAGACUCUUCCUAGAGCUGGCCGCCCGGCCAAACUGAGCAAUCGGGGGAGAAGGGCCUUGGUCAGGGAGGUGACCAAGAACCCAAUGGUCACUCUGACAGAGCUCUAGAGUUCCUCUGUGGAGAUGGGAGAACCUUUCAGAAGGACAACCAUCUCUGCAGCACUCCACCAAUUAGGCCUUUAUGGUAGAGUGGCCAGACGGAAGACACUCCUCAGUAAAAGGCACAUGACAGCCCGCUUGGAGUUUGCCAAAAGCCACCUAAAGACUCUCAGAACAUGAGAAACAAUAUUCUCUGGUCUGAUGAAACCAAGAUUGAACUCUUUGGCCUGAAUGCCAAGUGUCACGUCUGGAGGAAACCUGGCACCAUCUCUACAGUGAAGCAUGGUGGUGGCAGCAUCAUGCUGUGGGGAUGUUUUUCAGCGGCAGGGACUGGGAGACUAGUCAGGAUCAAGGGAAAGAUGAACGGAGCAAAGUACAGAGAGAUCCUUGAUGAAAACCUGCUCCAGAGUGCUCAGAACCUCAGACUGGGGCGAAGUUUCACCUUCCAACAGGACAACGACCCUAAGCACACAGCCAAGACAAUGCAGGAGUGGCUUCGGGGCAAGUCUCUGAAUGUCCUUGAGUGGCCCAGCCAGAGCCCGGACUUGAACUCGAUCUAACAUCUCUGGAGAGACCUGAAAAUAGCUGUGCAGCGACGCUCCCCAUCCAACCUGACAGAACUUGAGAGGAUCUGCAGAGGAGAAUGGAAGAAACUCCCCAAAUACAGGUGUGCCAAGCUUGUAGCGUCAUACCCAAGAAGACUCGAGGCUGUAGUCGCUGCCAAAGGUGCUUCAACAAAGUACUAAGUAAAGGGUGUGAAUACUUAUGUAAAUGUAAUAUUUCCGUUAUUUAUUUUAUAAUUAGCAAAAAUUUAUAAAAACCAGUUUUUGCUUUGUCAUUAUGGGGCAUUGUGUGUAAAUUGAAUACAUUUUAGAAUAAGGCUGUAACGUAACAAAGUGUGGAAAAAGUCAAGGAGUCUGAAUACUUUCAGAAUGCACUGUCUAACACAAGGCAAUUAUCAAUGCCAGACGGGCUCAUUUUUCUAAUUUGAUCACUAAUAAUCUGAAUAAUUUGAGAGUGCUCUUCUCGACCAUUGAUGGCCUGAGAAAUCCUACCCCCGCAAACCUCCUGUAUGUGAACUUUCCUCCACGUCUAAAUCUGAUGAGUUUGCGAAAUAUUUUUUAGAUAAGAUAACAAACAAUAGGCUGGGUAUCAAGAAAGACCUGAUGAGAAGUUUGAUAUGUGCCCUAGCCUACCACGCAAAGACACUAUGGAGUUAUAUGUGCCCUAGCCUACCACGCAAGGACACUAUGGAGUUAUAUGUGCCCUAGCCUACCACGCAAGGACACUAUGGAGUUAUAUGUGCCCUAGCCUACCACGCAAGGACACUAUGGAGUUAUAUGUGCCCUAGCCUACCACGCAAGGACACUAUGGAGUUAUUUCCCUGCCUACACGCAAGACCAUGAUUAUAUGUGCCUACACCUACCACCAGGACACUUAUGGUUUAUGUGCCCUAGCCACCCGCAAGACACUAUGGAUUUAUAUUGCCUACCUACACGCAAGGACACUAUGGAUUAUAUGUGCCUAGCCUACCACGCAAGCACUAUGGAGUUAAUGUGCCCUAGCCUACGACCAAAGAACUUGAGUAUAUUGCCCUAGCCUACCACGCAGCACUAUGGAGUUUAUGUGCCCUAGCCUCCACGCAAGGACAACUAUGGAGUUAUAUUGCCCUAGCCUUUCCACAAGACACUAUGGAGUUAUAUGUGCCUAGCCUACCACGCAAGGACCUAUGGAGUUUUUCCUACCUACCACCAAGGACACUAUGAGUUAUGCCCUAGCCUACCACCAAGGACACUAUGGAGUUAUAGUGCCCUAGCCUACACGCAAGGACACUAUGGAGUUAUAUGUGCCUAGUACAACCACAACAAUGGAGUUAAGUGCCCACAUCAAAAAGACAUAUUAAUGUGCAAAUAGCCUAGUAUUAAGAGCACAGCAAAAGACAUAUGAGUUAUAUCCAGGGGUGCCGUACCGAGUCAGUGCAGGAGUUAGUCGAGGUAUUUAGUAAUAUUACAUGUAGGUAAGUUUUAAGUGACUAUGCAUAGUAUAACGAGAAGCACACUAAAAGAGGGGUGGAACAGUGCAAUAGUCUGGGUAGCCAUUCUAGAUGCUGUUUAGAAGCCUCUUGGACCUAGACUUGCACUCCUGUCACCGCUUGCCGUGCGGUAGCAGAGAGAACCAGUCUAUGGACUAGGGUUGGCUGGAGUCUUUGGGCCUUCCUCUGACACCACCUGGUAUAGAGGGUCCCUGGAUGGCAGGAAGCUUGGCCCCAGUGAUGUACUGGGCUGUACGCACUACCCUCUGUAGUGCCCUGCGGUCGGAGGCCGAGCAGUUGCCAUACCAGGCAGUGAUGCAACCAGUCAGGAUUCUCUCGAUGGUGCAGCUGUAGAACGUUUUGAGGAUCUGAGGACCCCAUGCCAAAUCUUUUCAGCCUCCUUGGGGGGAAUGUUGUCGUGCCCUCUUCAUGACUGUCUUGGUGUGCUUGGACCAUGUUAGUUUGUUGGUGAUGUGGACACCAAGGAACUUGAAGCUCUCAACCUGCUCCACUACAGCCCCGUCGAUGAGAAUGGGGGGCGUGCUCGGUCCUCUUCUUUUUCCUGUAGUCCACAAUAAUCUCCUUUGUCUUGAUCACGUUGAGGGAGAGGUUGUUAUGCUGGCACCACACGGCCAGGUCUCUGACCUCCUCCCUAUAGGCUGUCUCGUCGUUGUCGGUGAUCAGGCCUACCACUGUUAUGAUGGUACCUAAUGAUGGUGUUGGAGUUGUGCCUGGCCAUGCAGUCAUGAGUGAACAGGGAGUACAGGAGGGGACUGAGCACGCACCCCUGAGGGGCCCCCGUGUUCAGGAUCAGCGUGGCGGAUGUGUUGUUACCUACCCUUACCACCUGAGGGCGGCCCGUCAGGAAGACCAGGAUCCAGUUGCAGAGGGAGGUGUUUAGUCCCAGGGUCCUUAGCUUAGUGAUGAGCUUUGAGGGCACUAUGGUGUUGAACGCUGAGCUGUAGUCAAUGAAUAGCAUUCUCACAUAGGUGUUCCUUUUGUCCAGGUGUGAAAGAGCAGUGUGGAGCGCAAUAGAGAUUGCAUCAUCUGUUGGGGUGAUAUGACGUGAGUGCUACAGGUUGGUAGUCAUUUAGGCAGGUUACCUUAGUGUUCUUGGGCACAGGGACUAUGGUGGUCUGCUUGAAACAUGUUGGUAUUACAGACUCAAACAGGGAGAGGUUGAAAAUGUCGGUGAAGACACUUGCCAGUGGGUCAAUCCAUGCUCGAAGUACACGUCCUGGUAAUCCGUCUGGCCCCGCGGCCUUGUGAAUGUUGACCUGCUUAAAGGUCUUACUCACAUCGGCUACGGAGAGCGUGAUCACACAGUCGUCCGGAACAGCUGAUGCUGUCAUGCAUGUUUCAGUGUUGCUUGCCUCGAAGCGAGCAUAGAAGUGGUUUAGCUCGUCUGGUAGGCUUGUGUCACUGGGCAGCUUGCGGCUGUGCUUCCCUUUGUAGUCUGUAAUAGUUUGCAAGCCCUGCCACAUCCGACGAGCGUCAGAGCCGGUGUAAUACGAUUCAAUCUUAGUUCAAUCUUAGUCCUGUAUUGACUCUUUGCCUGUUUGAUGGUUCGUCGGAGGGCAUAGCGGGAUUUCUUAUAAGCGUCCGGGUUAGAGUCCCGCUCCUUGAAAGCAGCAGCUCUACCCUUUAGCUCAGUGCGGAUGUUGCCUGUAAUCCAUGGCUUCUGGUUGGGGUAUGUACGUACGGUCACUGUGGGGACGACGUCAUCGAUGCACUUAUUGAUGACUGAUGUGGUGUACUCCUCAAUGCCAUCGGAAGAAUCCCGGAACAUAUUCCAGUCUGUGCUAGCAAAACAGUCCUGUAGCGUAGCAUUAACCUCUCCAGUCCAGGUUUAAAUUGGUUUAACGGGUCGAGAGUUUUUUGUUACCUUUGUGGAACAUAACUCUGAGAAAAUAGAUAUAAUAAUAAUAAUAAUAAUAUGCCAUUUAGCAGACGCUUUUAUCCAAAGCGACUUACAGUCAUGCGUGCAUAAAUUUUUGUGUAUGGGUGGUCCCGGGGAUCGAACCCACUACCUUGGCGUUACAAGCGCCGUGCUCUACCAGCUGAGCUACAGAGGACCACAUGUGGACCACAUGUGGCGUUCCACAAGGUUAGAUUUUGGGUCAGUUACUGUUCAGUUGAUAUUUGUUACCGCUAGGCAGCGUUAUCAGAAAGCACAGCAUUGAUUUUCACUGCUUCACCGACGAUACACAACUUUACAUUUCUGCGUCACCGGAGGAUUCUAGCUCGACAGAUAAAUUAUUAGACUGUUAGUGAUUUAAAUACUUAGAUGGCUCACAACUUCCUCCAGCUAAAUCAAGACAAGACCGAGGUACUUAUUGUUUGAGCCAAAGUACAGAGAGAGAAUCUGGUAAAAAACCUAAGUGUUAUUUUAGAUUCUGAACAUCAGGAAUGUGACCAAAAUAGCUGCUUUACCACCUGAGGAACAUUGCCAAGGUGCGGCCGUUUCUCUCUCAGGCUGAUACAGAGAGACUCAUCCAUGCUUUAAUUACAAGCAGGCUUGACUACUGUAAUGCUCUCCUGUCUGGUCUACCCAAGAAAGCCAUUGGUCAACUGCAAAACAUACAGAAUGCUGCAGUACGGGUACUGACCAAGACCAGACGGAGAGCACACAUUACACCUGUUUUAAGGUCUCUGCACUGGCUGCCUGUGAGUUUUAGAAUUCAUUAUAAGAUUAUUCCAUUGAUUUUUAAAUCAAUCCAUGAUUGUGCACCCCAAUACACGUCAGACAUGCUUUUAAGUUAUGUACCCAGUAGGUCCCUCAGGUCCUCUACCACUGGCCUUUUAACUAUCCCACAGCCUAGGACCAAGAGGCAUGGAGAGGCAUCCUUUAGUUAUUAUGCCCCCAGCCCCUGGAAUAGCCUGCCAGAGGGGGGCCAAAACUAUGGACGUAUUUAAGAGAUCUUAAAACGUACCUUAGCUUUGCUUUUCCUCAGGGGGCUUUUUAGUCGUUCAGUUUUUGUUAUUAUUUUGUUUUUUAUCCUUUGAUGUUUGUUGUGUAGUGAAUAUUUCAGUUUUUAUUUUCAUUGUUUUUAUAUAUUUUUCCUGUGAAGCGCAUUGUGUUGCAAUCCAUGUCUGAAAUGUACUGUAUAAAUAAAGCUUGAUUUGAUUUGGAAGCUCUACAGGGUUGGAGAGCUCUGCUCUAGAUCUUCUCCUCAUUUGACUUGCUAAAGGAAGCAGUCCUCAUCUCGUCCGCGUUCCUUCAUCAGCGAUGUAGCUUUUAGUCGAAUCUCAUCACCAUUAACACUGACAGGUCAUUUAGCAGGAGACAGAGGGGAGGUGCUGUGCCAGUGUUUGUGUGUGAGGGUUGGUUCCUGGCACAGAGAGUGGGUUAG